CUAUGUUGGUUGCUGGAGAAACGCAAAAUCGACGUUCGUGGAUGGCAAAGUGGCAACGCUUCAAAUGGGUCAAAGCAGAUUGUUGUUCAAAAAAGAAGUUGCUUCAAGGUUUUCUCAAGUCAUGACAAGGAAGCGUUAGUAUUAAAGGCCAGGUCCAUUGAUGAAAUAUAUGAUGCCCUAGUUGAACGACUUCUUCCUGUGGCUGAUACAUCAGACCAGACUACCUCAAAAUACAUUGUAGGGCUAGCUGGUCCUCCUGGAGCUGGCAAGUCAACUCUUGCAAAUGAAGUAGUUCGGCGUCUGAACAUGAUAUGUCCCCAAAAAGCUCCUUCAUUUGAUGGUCUUGUAGAAGCUAGCAAUUUUGCAACUGUCGUGCCAAUGGAUGGAUUUCAUCUUUACCGCUCUCAGCUUGAUGCAAUGGAGGAUCCAGACGAAGCACAUGCAAGGAGAGGAGCUCCAUGGACGUUUGAUCCAGUACGACUGCUAGCAUGUCUUACGACCUUGAAAGAAAAGGGAUCUGUUUAUGUACCAUCUUUUGAUCAUGGUGUCGGAGAUCCUGUAGAAGAUGAUAUAUUUGUGGGUAUGAAGCAAAAGUUAGUUAUAGUAGAAGGAAAUUAUCUGCUCUUGGAUGAUGGAGUUUGGAAGGAUAUUUCACGUGUAUUUGAUGAGAAAUGGUUUAUUGACAUUGACAUUGACAAAUCGAUGAAGCGAGUUGUGAAUCGGCAUAUUGCAACAGGGAAAGCACCAGAUGUUGCUGAAUGGCGGGUUGAAUAUAAUGACAGACCUAACGCAGAGCUUAUUAUGAAGUCAAAGAAAAACGCGGAUUUGGUUAUCUGCUCUGUGGAUUUCAAUCAAUGAUGUGUCUGUAACUCUCUGGAUAUUCCAUCUUAUGCUAUCAAUAAGCACAGACCUUGUUUGUUUUUCUCCUUAUUGCAGACCAGAUUGUUUAGACUCAUUACCUUGAUGUAAGCACGUGUUUGUCAUCUAACCUGACCUUUAUUUGGCUUCACCAAGAAGGGAACUUUAUUCAUAAAUAUGAUUUUUAA